AUGCAAGUGCUCCAAAAAGUAGUGCAUCGUACAACCACGUCUAAUACAAACAUGUACACCAAGGUUCUAGUCUUCCUCUGCGCGGCGAGUGUCGCCUCUGCCGGUUAUCUGGAAGCUCCAGCGGCAUCUGCUGCAUACACCGCACCCGCCGUUUCCACUGUCUCCUUCUCUUCGGCUGCACCUGUGGCUACCUACGCAGCACCUGCAUAUGCUGCGUACGAAGCUGCUCCAGCUGUAGCAGCCUAUACUGCGCCAGUGUUCAGCAAAGCUGUAGCUCCAGCAGUUUCCUACUCCUCUUUCACCAGACAAUCAUCUCCUGUGACUUAUGCGGCGGCUGCACCAGCGGCGACUUAUGCUGCAUCUGCACCAUUUACGACUUAUGCCGCUGCUGCUACUCCUGUUGCAAGCUAUUAUACUGCUCCUGUAGCCACGAGGACUUUCACUGCUGCUGCACCCGCUUACCGUGCGUAUUCUGCCCCAAUCGUAACUAAGACUUUCGCUGCUGCCGAGCCUGCUCCAUUUGUUGCUAGGACUUAUGCGGCUGCAGCCCCCGCCGUCGCCUACACCGCUCCUGCCGUGGCUGCGUACAGCGCUCCAGUUGUCUCAAAGACCUUCGCUGCGUACUCAGCAGCUCCCGCCGUUUCCCACGUGGCUUAUACUGGUUUCGGAGCCAACUACGGUUGGUAA